GUGCAGACAGUUAUUUGAACCAGGGUCUUACUGCCAAACGGAAAGUUUACUUCAGAAUAUCUCCUGAUGUUUCUUCUCAUGCCUCGACUUUCGAGAAUGUAUAGAAUUGCACAAUCCGCGGUUUUACACGCCCGAGUGGUGUGUGGUAACAAGGAUUAGUCCACCGGAGCAAUACUUCUACGGUGAUCCAACUGCAGGGCAGGUACCGCAAUAGUGAUUCUUUACAACUGUCAUAAAGAUGAAUGACGCGAGUGCUCAUGCGAAAUUUGUUCGAAACUUCGAGCAACUAAAGCGCGAAGAUGGACCUCUGGUUGGCGGCAAGAAUUCCUCCCUCGGUGAAAUGAUCACUGUUCUGGGAGGAAAGGGCAUUGCAGUGCCACCUGGCUUUGCGACGACGUCGAGCGCCUAUUGGCACUAUCUAGACGUCAAUGACAUCCGGAAGAAAAUAACCAAAUUAAUUGAGAACUGGCAACUGAAAAAGACAACUCUUGCUGAAACCGGCCAUGCGGUGCGUGCUCUGUUCCUUCAUGGAAACUGGCCUACGGAUGCAGAAGCCGCCAUUAGGGCUGGCUAUCGUCAACUCUGUGCCAAGGCUGGGGUUGACGAUCUCAGUGUCGCGGUCCGGUCCAGUGCGACUGCAGAGGACUUACCAGAUGCAAGCUUUGCCGGUCAACAAGAGUCUUACUUGAAUAUCUCUGGUGAAGAGGCUCUCUUGCAUGCCUGUCGACGCUGCUAUGCGUCACUCUUCACGGACCGGGCUAUUAGCUAUCGUCAGGCCAAAGGAUUCGAUCACAUGAGCGUUGCCCUCUCCAUAGGGGUGCAGCGAAUGGUUCGAUCUGAUGUCGGUGGCUCCGGCGUCAUGUUCUCUAUCGACACCGAAACUGGUUUCGACAAGGUCGUUCUCAUCAACGCCGCAUGGGGGCUCGGGGAGAAUGUUGUGCAAGGGACCGUGAAUCCCGACGAGUAUCAAGUAUUCAAACCCCUGCUAGCUGAUCAGAGCCUGGUCCCGAUCAUUGAGAAAAAGCGUGGUGAAAAGGGAAUGAAAAUGGUCCUUGGCGGUACAGAGACACCCACCAGAAAUCUGCCUACCUCGAAAUCUGAGCAAGCAACAUUCGUGCUGAAUGACGGAGAAAUUCUUCAGCUCGGGCGUUGGGCCUGCACGAUUGAAACGCAUUAUGGCUGCGCGAUGGAUAUGGAAUGGGCUAAAGACGGUAUUACGGGCGAGCUGUUUAUUGUUCAAGCCCGGCCAGAAACCGUGCAUUCGCGUAGCCAUGCUGCCAUUUUCAAAACGUAUAAAGUUGGUAAAAAAGGGCGUCUGUUGACCACGGGCCUCUCUGUUGGUGACGCAGCAGUGUCAGGCCGUGUCUGUCUCAUUGAAACCGCACGGGACAUCGACAAAUUCAUUGAUGGCUGUAUACUAGUGACCGAAACCACCGACCCGGAUUGGGUGCCCAUCAUGAAACGAGCCGUAGCCAUCAUCACUGACCAUGGCGGACGAACCUCGCAUGCGGCUAUCAUCAGCCGCGAACUGGGCCUCCCGGCAAUAGUGGGUGCGGGAAAUGCUACAUACAUCCUGCACACCGGCCAGGAUGUCACCGUCUCAUGCGCAGAGGGCGACAACGGCUUUGUGUACGAGGGGAGCUCGGAAAUCACGACGGAGUCUGUGGACUUGACCGAGUUCCCGGAAACUCGGACAAAGAUCAUGCUCAAUCUCGCGAACCCAGCAGCAGCUUUCCGCUGGUGGAGACUCCCGGCUGAUGGCAUUGGACUGGCCCGUAUGGAGUUUGUUGUCACCAAUGCAAUUCAAGUACAUCCCAUGGCGCUUGUCCACUUUGAUCAAUUGAGGGACGCGAAGGCCAAGGAGGACAUUCGCCGGCUGACGACUGGGUAUGACAACAAGCCGGAAUAUUUUGUCGACAAACUGUCUCACGGGUUUGCAUCCUUGUGUGCUGCCGUCUAUCCCAAGCCUGCUAUUAUCCGCAUGAGCGAUUUCAAGACCAAUGAAUAUGCCCGUCUUGUGGGUGGCCGUGAGUUUGAGCCGGACGAGGAAAACCCAAUGUUAGGUUUCCGUGGCGCCUCACGAUAUUACUCCGCCCACUACAAAGAGGGAUUUGCGUUAGAAUGUCUUGCAAUUAAACGUCUACGAGAGAGAAUGGGCUUCAGGAAUGCAAUUGUCAUGAUUCCAUUUUGCCGCACAGUAGGAGAAGCGAAGAAGGUGUUGGACGCCAUGGCAGAGAACGGGCUCAGGCGGGGGGAGAAUGGACUGCAGGUCUAUGUUAUGUGUGAAAUCCCGUCCAAUGUUAUUCUCGCAGCUGAUUUUAUGCAAUACUUCGACGGCUUUUCUAUCGGCUCCAAUGAUUUGACGCAGCUCACCCUCGGCGUCGAUCGUGAUUCCGGGGAACUCGCAGACCUUUUCGAUGAGCAGGACAAGGCAGUCAAGUGGAUGCUGCAGCAGGUUAUCCAGGUGGCAAAGCAAAAAGGUUGUAAAAUCGGUAUUUGCGGCCAAGCACCCAGUAACCACCCCGAGUUUGCUCGGUUCCUGGUUCAGUGCAAGAUCGACUCGAUCUCCGUCAGCCCGGAUAGCUUCUUCGCAGUGAAAAGACAUGUCGUUGCAAGUGAAAAUACAUGAUCAGGGGUGGUACAACGUCCUAUCAAGUAUCGAAAAUGGGGCCAGUCUACAAAAGUGCUUUAGGUCUUGCUCUUCCUUUUUCUCUGCCUUUACUUCCAAGUCCGGUAAUGAUGCAUCAACAUACCACGUUGGUUCUGAUAUCUGUUUCUUCAAGUAAACAAUACUCAUUCAUUUGACUUCCUACCCCACAGACACACUUCGAAAGAACAUCUCUUGACCACCCCGAGACAGGACAUAUCUUGUCACCCAGAUGCAUGGUGGAGCUCAAAUUACUGUCCCUGAUCUGAUUUAAGCCUUUCCACCAUGCGUUUCAAUUCCUGCGUUGACUCGUCAAGGUCCUCCCAUUCUUUCUGAUCCAAGUGCAUAUCAAUCGCUUUUAUGACGCCUUCCCUACCAAGCACGACAGGGAGGCUAAAGCAGCAUUUGUAAUUGGACAGGUAGUGGCUGAUGCAGCAGACGUCCCGCCUAUCGAAGAGGAUAGAGGAGCAAAUACUACAGACUACCGAACCAAU